AUGGUGGAAUAUUACCAGCAACUACCUCCAAACAAUUAUAAUUAUAAGCAGCAGCCUGGUUACGAUUACACGCAACAGGAAGAGGAGUGGGAUCGUGAAGGAUUGCUAGAUCCGGCUUGGGAGAAGCAGCAAAAGAAGACAUUCACAGCAUGGUGCAACAGUCAUUUGAGAAAAGCAGGCACUAGUAUCGAUACCAUCGAGGAAGACUUCAGAAAUGGUUUAAAACUGAUGUUAUUAUUGGAAGUGAUAUCAGGUGAAGCACUGCCACGACCCGAUCGUGGGAAAAUGCGCUUUCAUAAAAUUGCAAAUGUCAAUAAAGCCCUGGAAUACAUCGAAAGCAAAGGCGUUAAAUUGGUUUCCAUCGGUGCAGAAGAAAUUGUCGAUGGAAAUGUCAAAAUGACUCUUGGUCUUAUAUGGACCAUUAUUCUUCGAUUUGCAAUUCAGGAUAUUAAUGUUGAAGUGAUACCAAAUUUUAUUUUGGAAUUAUCGGCUCGUGACGGAUUACUGCUGUGGUGUCAGAGGAAAACAGCACCUUACAGUAAUGUCAACGUACAAAAUUUCCACACCAGCUGGAAAGAUGGAUUAGCAUUUUGUGCUUUGAUCCAUCGUCACCGUCCAGAAUUGAUUGAUUAUUCAAAGUUGCAUAAAGGAGAUCCACUUCACAAUUUGAAUCUUGCUUUCGAUAUAGCCGAAAAAUAUUUGGACAUCCCAAGGAUGCUCGAUCCUGAAGAUCUCGUCUACAGUCAAAAGCCGGAUGAAAAAUCGGUUAUGACAUAUGUGUCAUGCUUCUAUCAUGCAUUUCGUGGUGGUCAUCAGGCUGAGACAGCAGCACAUCGUAUAAGUCGCGUGCUUAAAGUGAAUCAAGAGAAUGAGAAGAUGAUGGCUGAUUAUGAACGGAUGGCAAGCGAUCUUUUGGAUUGGAUACGUCGUUGGAUGCCAUGGUUAUCGAAUCGAUCAAGUAACGAAUCAUUAGACACGAUACGCAAGAAGUUGGAUGACUUCCGAAAUUAUCGUCGGCAUGAGAAACCACCAAGAGUGGAGGAAAAAGGAAAUUUGGAAACACUUUUCAACACAUUGCAAACGAAACUUAGAUUAAGCAAUCGACCAGCAUUUCUGCCAAGAGAAGGACAUCUUAUUAAAGAUAUCAGUGUUGCUUGGCGUGGUUUGGAAGAUUCUGAAAAAGGUUUCGAAGAAUGGCUUCUAAGCGAAAUGAUGAGACUAGAAAGACUAGAACACCUUGCCGAAAAGUUCCGUCGUAAAUGUGCUCUAUAUGAAGAAUGGGCAUACGGCAAAGAGGAUGCCUUACGUUCAUUGGAUUGGCGAUCUUGCGGUUUGUACAAGAUUAAAGCCUUACGCAAACGUCAUGAAGCAUUUGAAAGCGAUCUGGGAGCUCAUCAAGACAGAGUGGAACAAAUUGCAGCAAUCGCUCGUGAACUAAACAAUUUGAGAUAUCCAGACAUCAGUCCGAUUAAUAGCAGAUGCCAGAAUAUCUGCGACCAAUGGGAUCGUCUCGGAAGUCUUUCUCAGCAGCGGCGCAGACAGCUCGAAGAAGCGGAACAGACAGCGGAAUAUCUGGACAGACUGUAUCUUGAUUUUGCUAAGCGUGCAGCACCGUUUAACAACUGGCUUGAUGGAGCUCGUGAAGAUCUAGCUGAUAUAGUGAUUGUUCACGAGAUGAAGGAAGUGAAGGAACUAUUGGAUGCACACAAUCAUUUCAAAUCAACAAUAUCUGACGCUGAUAAUGAAUUCCGAGCGAUCGUCAAUAUUGAACGUGAAAUUGCUCAGUUAAUUGAACAACAUGGAUUGGACAGAGAAUUACUGAGAAAUCCUUAUACUGAUUUAUCAGGUGCUGAUAUUCGUCGCAAAUGGCAAGAAGUACAACAGUCAAUACCAAAACGUGACGCGCAAUUGCAAAAUGAAUAUAACGAACGAUUACGACAACUAUUUGCUGAAAAGGCCAAUACAGUUGGUCCAUGGCUUGAACGACAGCUUGAACACGUUUUAUCGAUUGGGCUCGGUGGACGUGGAAGUCUGGAGAAUGCAGUAUCACAACUGAAAUCAAUUCAACAGCAGACAUUCAACUAUAAGCCGAAACUGGAAGAAUUGGAAAGAAUAAAUCAGGAAAUGCAAGAGAAUUAUGUCUUUGAAAACCGCGCGGCUCGUUACUCCAUGGAAUCAUUACGUGUUGGUUGGGAAUCACUAUUAACAUCCAUCAACAGAACAAUUAAUGAAUGUGAAAAUCAGAUUCUAAUGUGUAACAGUAAAGGAAUCAGCGAAGAACAGCUAAACGAGUAUCGCUCAUCUUUCAAUCAUUUCGACAAAGAUAGACAAGGACUCGAUCCUGAACAGCUCAAAUCAUGCCUUAUUUCAAUUGGCUAUAAUAUUCGGCCUGGAAAAGAAGGAGACCAAGACAUGAGCAGAAUAUUAUCCGUGUUGGAUCCGAAUCGUAUGGGAAGAGUGCCAUUUAAUGCGUUCUUGGAUUUCAUGACGCGUGAAACGGGUGAUGCUGAUACCGCCGAACAAAUGAUCGAAUCAUUUAAAAUACUUGCCGGAGGAAAGCCAUAUAUAACCGCAGAAGAGAUUCGUCGCGAAUUGCAUGCAGAUCAGGCGGAAUACUGCAUACAAAGGAUGCAACAGUUUCAAGCAUCAAAUGGUCCACCUGGUUCCUACAACUAUGUUUCGUUUAGCAGAAGUUUAUACAACUACUGA